GCAUGCUUUCACUCUUAACCAUUUAGACAGCAGGGCUUACCUAAAUAGCUCUGUGUGUGUUAUUGCCUGGGCAAGAGCUGUCAUCUUCAAUUCUAUUAUGCAAUGGAAAGCAGUGUCCUGAGAGUAAGACUGUAUAAUAAUAAGGAAGAAGAAAUAUUUUGGACAUACAACAUAUCAACUCACAGCCAAUGGGUGAAAGCAGAUGUGUUAAUACCAGAAGAUCUGAAGACAUUUAAGAUUAUUUUUGAAGGGACUCUUUAGAGCCAGAGAAGUUUUAUUGCCCUUGAUCACCUCUGGGUCUAUGCCUGUGGACAGACCCAAUCCAGAAAGCUUUGCUCUGAAGAUGAAUUCCCUUGCACUAGUGGCCAGUGCAUCGCCAAAGAAUCUGUCUGUGACUCUCGGCAGGACUGCUCCGAUGAGAGUGAUGAAGACCCAGCAACUUGCUCAGACUCCAUGGACCAGAGCAUCAGCAUUACCUGGGAACUUAGUGGAAAUGCAGAACCUCAGGCCCUGGCCCAGCCUUACGGAACCAAAAGCUACAUGGAACAAGGUCCCAGCAAAGCAUCUCGCCUGUGACUUUGAGUCGGGUUUCUGCGGUUGGGAGCCAUUUCUCACAGAAGAUUCACACUGGAAGCUGAUGAAAGGAUUGAAUAAUGGAGAGCACCACUUUCCUGCAGCUGAUCACACAGCAAACAUAAAUCAUGGAUCGUUUAUUUAUUUGGAGGCACAGCGCCCCCCCGGGGUGGCCAAGCUUGGAAGUCCUGUUCUUACAAAAUUGCUCACUGCCUCUACCCCAUGUCAGGUGCAGUUUUGGUAUCAUUUGUCUCAACAUUCAAAUCUCUCAGUUUUUACAAGAACGUCUCUAGAUGGAAACUUGCAAAAGCAAGGCAAAAUAAUCAGAUUCUCCGAAUCUCAGUGGAGCCAUGCAAAAAUUGAUCUCAUUGCAGAAGCGGGAGAAUCUACUCUACCUUUUCAGUUAAUUUUGGAAGCUACUGUUUUGUCAUCAAAUGCUACCGUUGCUCUAGAUGACAUCAGUGUGUCCCAGGAAUGUGAAGUUUCCUAUAAAUCACUACCAAGGACCAGUACACAAAGCAAGUGUAAGUUUUCCCUUGUCGUUGUUGCUGUUUUAAACAUUGAAUUAAGCUCUUCUCAGUAUCAAAAUAUAAAAUGUAUUAGAGUCACGAAUACCUAAUACAGGGUGUGGAUUAUAUCACCUGUUCUUGAAA